CGUCGACGAAUGUGCAAUUUUUGGUGCUUUGAAUCUGCUUGAUUGUGAAAGUCUUUCGAGUGCGCUCUCUCCUGUUAAGAGUCUAUUAGAAAAAGCACGUUUUUAGAUUCUUAUAUUUGGCUCUUUUGAUGAUUUUUGUACAAUUCUGAAACGAAGAAGUCUUCGCAUUUUUAUCCAAGAGAACUGACUGAAGGAUGUAGCUGGUGCGGUUAGAGUUGAGCUGAUUGCCUCGUUUUCCUAAUUUAGUUUGGGACCAGAUGGGACGGACGAAGAAAAACAGUCGCUUUAAUGUCGCGCGAAUGCAGCAAUUGAUAAAUGGUAGUCCAGCCAAAAGGCUUGAUAGAGAAAUUCUCGCCAAAUCAGCACUUUACCGAGCCAAGAGGGCAAAACUUCGUCGUUUAGAGGAAAAGGUGAUGUCAUUUUUAUAUAAUAUUCCAGAUAUGAUUAACUGAUUCAGAAAUCAAUCAGGUUAAGUUUGUUUGGCAUAAAAAUCCUUGUUUGUUCCCCAGUCGUCCAUUAAUCAACUCUAGUAUUUAUAAGCUUAGUAUACAUGUAAUUCAGGAAUUAUUCUAAUAACAUCAUAUUUCAAUGAUAUAUUGUUUUCACAUCAGUUUAACCAUAUCAUUGUUACAAUGAUCACUACUAAUUCUUAUAUUUAAAUAUGUACCCUAAUCAGCAAAUGUUUUUGAGUUGCAUUCAGGUGAACAACAUUGAUAUAAGUGUAGGACAAACAUAGGAUGUUUUGGAAGCUGCUACUGGAUCCAUGGCCAAGAAGAAAAAGGUUAAAGAAGUACUUGUGUUUGGAAAGAGGAAACUACUAGCAAGGCAACGCAACCCAUCCUAUGUGAAGUCAGAAAAUUCAAGUAAACUGGAGCUGGAUGAGAGAAGAGCCCGUCAACGWGUACAGGAGACUAUGGAAGCUGCCAACAUUAUUCAUAAAGCUACGGAAGCAGAUAGUAAACCUGCAUUAAAUGGGCUGUGGUCUACCUUUAUUCUCAAGAUGUUUUACAAGUUUUCAGGAAGCAGUGAGAGCGUCACUACGUUGAAAGAAAACAUAGAGGAAGAGGAAGAGAACGAUUUGCAGCUUUGGGACUUUGAAAAAGGUCGAAGAGAUCCCAAGAGUGUGGAGACCAGUGAUGCAAUAAUGAAGAUGGUGAAAGGUAUACACCCUGACGCACCCAAAGGAUCAAUCAGAGUUGCCACACGUCGAUAUUACACAUCGCUUUAUGAAGCACACAUAAAAAAGAACCAGUUUGAAAACCACCUUGCAAGGCAAAGGAAAUAUGAGCGUAGAAAGAGGAAAUUGUCAGCAAGAAAGAUUGCUUUAAAACGAACAAGCCAAAUUAGCGAAACAGAAAAAGUCAAGUAUGGACGAAUWAUGAUGUUGGAGUACAUGUCCUUCGAAAACAGACGAAUGCGGUCAAGCCUGUCUAAUUGUAAAAAAAUCCCAUGGAAAUCAGAAGAGGUCAACUCUCUUUUCAAUGCUUUGGAUCAUAAGCACCAG